CAGACAGUGAUGUCACACUCGUUUCUUACUUUUGCAGAAGUUGACACGUGCAGUUUUAGUGAGACAGAGAAAAACGCUGAAACUGCCUGGGAUGAAAAAAAAUGUGCGUCAUCCUGCACCAAGGUGUUGGAUGUCCCGACCAAAAUGAAAGUGGAACACGGUAGGGAAUCCGACCAACUUGAAAGUCAGCAAACAUCACGACCGCAGGUAGCAAACAACAUGAAAUUAAAGGCUACAAACACCCAAGACUGCCACAAAAGACUUACUGGCAGCUCUUCAAAGGUCACCAAACACAGUCUGUGCUUUCACUGUCAGUGGGGCACACAAGUGGAAGUGAGUAUUAGGUGGCCGAAUUCUGCUGUUCAUCAAGACACAUGGAAAACGAAGUUCCUCUGGACUUUUUCUAUUCAAGGCAACGUGGGGAAAUUUCACCACGAGAUGUCGGUAUAAAACUCUCCCACAACUGCAACAUCCCCAUUAAAUCUGGAGGUUGUGGACAAGAUGAAGUUGUUUGUUUUCACCGUCGUCUGUGCAUUUCUACACGUCAGCUACCAAAUUCCAAGGAGUCACUGGACUCUGCUGCCCAACAUCCUGGUUGUGGAGGUGGAUGGCACUUUGGGCCAGCAGCCCCUGAGCUGCAUUGAGCUGCCAGAGGAGCUUAUGAGGAUAGGCAACCAGAGCCAAGGUAUUUUUUGGAAGAAGAAUGGAAAAGAGGAAGCACAGAGAGGAAACUCCUAUCUGGUGCGGCUGGAGGAAAGCCUCGGAGGAGGCAACUACACCUGCCACAGCAAGGACGGAUCGCUCCUUAAUCACACCGUGGUCCUGAUCUCAGAGGAUGAAACCAAGAGGAGGAAGAUUCUGGUGAAAAAUGACAAAGAGGAUUAUUUAAAGUGCUCCGCUCAAAAUUACAACGGAGAGUUCCACUGCUCCUGGGCCUGGCAUCCCAGCCGCGUUGGCAAAGUAGCAUUCAUCAAAGCUCGACGUGUUUCUGACAACAAGAGCAUCCAGUGUUCUUUAGACUCCGGUUCUCAGCUGUGGAUGUGCUCCUCGGAUCACAGCAACUUCAGCUGCACGGUGGAUGACAGCGUUCGCAGGAUCUCCUGCCUGGACAAGCAGCACUGUCCUUACGCUGAGGAGAGCCAGCCUAUCCACAUCACCGUCUAUGUCAAGACCAAGCAGUUCCUGGUGGAGAACUACUCCAAGCAUUUUUACCUGUCAGAGAUAGUGAAACCUGACAAGGUGAGGAUCGUAAAAAUCAACAGCUCGGUGAUAGAGUGGAGUUACCCGAGGUCCUGGAGCAGCCCCUACUCCUACUUCCCCCUCACUUUCCAGAUUGCACAGCUCAGGGGUGAAUGCAGGAGGUGCAACAACCCGUGUACUGACUCAAAAGCUGCCACGACCACGAUGGUCCAGUCUCCAAACAUUUGCCAGUUUCAAGUGUGGCACAAGGCAAAGGCGGUGUGUGUCCGAGCGAAGGAUGCCAUCUGUGACUCACAGUGGAGCGAGUGGAGUCAUCUCAGUUUGAGGGGAAGCAAGAAGAACAGACGGCACAACAAGGAAGAAGCAUAAAAAGAUCCCACCACUGGACUUCUCAAGCAAUGCUACAUGCUUUUAUCUAUUUAUAUUUAUUUUAUCUAACAACACGGCUUUGGUAAUGUGUAAUCCUUAUUGACAAGUGAAUAAAUAAAAUAAAAAUUCAGCACAAUCUUUUUGUUUACUGUGUCCUGUGUGUUCUCAAGAUUGAAUUUUCAUUUUUCUCACAGUCCCAAUCAGCAGCUUCACCCUCGCUGCAGGCGAUUUGUGCAGUUUUCUACAGCAUCAAAUCUUCCUGUAACCCUUUUAGCCUCAAAUGAGGUUGGAAAUGUUGACUCAAACCCCCUAUUGUGUUUUGCAGAGAACAGAAACACCAAUAGUUGUUUCUAUUCGACCAACAAACAAAGUUUAGAUGAUCAUGAGGUGCCCGUAGUCUUUUCCGUAACUGGCUGGAUGAGAGUGUGGCUUUUGGUGGAAACUUGCCUCCGCACACUUGACAAAUCACAGAAGCAUUGUUUUAUCUGUUGCCUGUUCACUGGAAGCAGAUAUGGCACAUGUGGUAUUUCCUCCAUCCACAGCCAAGACAAACAUUGUGUUGCGUUUUCCUUCCAUGUCUCUCUUGCUCUCGCUGCCCUUCUCUUGGAUGCAGCUACAGAUUUGUCAGAUAAAUCAGUUUGUUGGGACAAAUCAUCCAGUAUCUGCUUUACUCUAUUAAAACAUUUGGGCUGUUAACAACUCUUAAGUUUAUCUUGAAUCAUCUGACAAAUGCUGCUGAUAACUUAAUAGAAAGGACUAUUGAGAAUCCCUGAACUGUCAUUUAAAAACUGAGCUCAGACAGACUUCCUCAAUAGGCCACGUUCCAGACAAUCAAAUGAUCGUUUGGUGUAAAAGCAGGGGAGUGACCUUUAAACAACAGAAGGGGUGAAUGUGCUUGCACUUACUUAACACAAGUAUCUGUGUAACUCAGCUUUGCAAUGCUAUCAUAGUAGUUGAACGAUAGCCUACUAUGAGUGUGAUGGUUUAUCAGUGCAGUGCAUGUGACAGUAUUAUUCAUCACAGUCCAAUGUAGUGGUUCCUAAACUCAUUUUGGCCAAUGACAAGUUCUUACAGGCAAGUUUUGAAACUCAGCUGGCAGCUGGUAAUGUCUGUGGACAGUCGUUUCAGGCUAAAAAGAGCCAUUACUGUAAGUUAAAUGUGCACUGAGACAGAAAAACUGCAUGUCUAGAAACACCAGUCAAACCUGAUAAAAAUCUGCUUGAAAAGUUUGGUGAAUUUGCUCCUAAAUGAGGUUUGAAAGCCCCCACAGGUUAUACUUUUUCCACUCACUCAUCAUCACAACACCACCGUUGCACCAUUGUAUGUUUUAUAACCGUUGCGCGGUUCCAAAGAUUGUUUUUUAGGGGAAGAGGUGGCACACGUGUCAUAGAUUCACCAUCUUUGGUGUUUCAGAAUUCUCCCAAACUAUGGAAAAAGCGUAUUUGAGCUGUACCCAGUGUUCCCUCUAAUUUUUCAUGAGUCUGAGCAAACACACAAACUCCUUGAGCGUUCCUUGGACCACUGUGAGCAACAUCAGACGUGUGCACUGUGGUCACACCAGCAUCACAUCCAUUCAAGUUACAUGGUUCAUUAAAAGAAUCAAAUUACAGCAUUUACAUUUCUGUUAAAACACUUUGUCAACAGGAGCCAGUUGAAGGCUGCAGUGAUUUUAGUGACACUACAAUGUAUAAGAGUGAAGUUAUUGAAUAUUUGUCUCUCUUUACUGUUGCAGCGGUUUUGCAAAUUGCAGACGGACCCUGUUCACUCCAUAGACACCAAUGUUAUUCCUGUAGCUUGAAAGACAGCUACUUUUGAUAAAACUGGGCUUGUAGCACAUUGUCUGCCUUGCAACAAUGGGAAAGAGGCACCGUUUAUGUUUUGACAACCUAUAUCUAAUGAGUUAUUGAUGCUGGAAGCCCGAAUCUGUGAAUAUCUUUCCAACUUUACUGAACUUGGGGCCACUACCACCUAAGGAGUGAUAUAUUUAAUUGUGAAAAAAGCAUUUAGCCAUACUUAAAGCUUUAAGUGCUUUAUUAACACGGAACUAAAAAUUUUGUAUUGUUUUAUUAUCACAGGUUCUGUCUGAAAAGAGGUGGCAUCAUUUUAAACAGUGAAAUCAAACUAACAAAAUGUAAUGACCAACCAGUGAGCAAUACUGGAUUCUGCAAAAACAUAAACAACUUUUUUAAAAAUCUAAAUCUUAUCUUAACAUAGUUAAUUUAUUAACUUAUUUUUGUGUGUAUGCAUGUAUUUAUUGAUUUAUUUAGUGCUGUUAACAUAUCAGAGUUCUGAGUGAAUUUUUCUUAAGAUAGACAAAGGCCAUUUAUUGAUUACAUAUAGGCUGUUAAAUGUUUAUUGAAAACUAAAAAGCAUUUUAAAUAAAACAAUUCAAUUCAAUUCAAUUUUAUUUAUAUAGCACCAAUUACAGUCAAAUUGUCUCGAGACACUUUACAGAACCCAUAUGCCUGAACCCCCAGAGCAAGCCAAAAGGCGACAGUGGCAAGGAAAACACCCUUUUAACAGGGAAAAAAAACCUCGAGCAGAACCCGGCUCUAAUAUGGGGGGACCCAUCUGCCUGCUGGCCGGGUAGGUUGACUUAGGCAUUUAUUGAGUCACUAAAAUACUGUAGAGUACAGACCACAUCAGCAUGAUUAUAAGCAUCCUCUGGUAAAUGAACAACCAGAUACUGAUGUCUCUCACCAUAUGGACUUCAGGAGAUGACUGGGGGAUGAUAAACUGUGACCUACUGGUUGGGUUCUCUCUGUUCUCAUGUUUCUUACAUGUUUGUCCCCUGACAGCCGGGUCCUAAUGUUUUUUGAGCAACACACCAUACUAUGACGUUUUUACAAUGAUGGUUCUACUAUGGAACCAGUUUGACAUGUUCAGGUGUUCUUUGUGUGAAAACUCAGAGAUUUCAGGUAUCAGAAGGUGGCUUUCAACUUUCUUUGGUAACUUUCUGCUUCAACUUUAAACUAAAUUUCCUUCACUAACCCAGCCCUCUGGACUUCCAGUAAGCUGUGUUCCUAUUGGCUGUCCAGGUGGCUGCUUGGUGUUAUCAGGAACACCUGAGCAGCUUGGUGUUAUCAGGAACACCUGAGCAGCUCAGUGUCUUCCUGCUUUAUUUAGCUGCAGACAAACAUUUCCUCUGCUUCUGUUCACCAGUGAACUGGGUUUGGUUCUGUUGCUUUAGUUUGUUUUUUAGGCGUUGGCUUGCAGCUUCCAGCAGUAAAAUUGUCUUUAAUGUGUUUCUUGCUGUGUUUUAGGGCUUUGUACUGGAUAGUUGUCUUGGUAAAUGUGGUUCUUUAGCCACAGGUAGCACAUGGUGCUAAUGUGUGCAGUGAUUAGUUGAUUUGGUGCAGUUGUGUCUUUAUCUUGGUUGUAGUGAGUCUUUAGAGGUUUUUGGUCAGACACAUUCUGUAUUCUUGUUUGUGAACCAGCAUUGGUUGUCCAGAAGGUCAGAGCUCCUGUCCUGAUUCUCUGUUCUCAGAGGUUCUCUGGUAGGCUGCAGGAGACUUUAGCGUUUGGGUUGUGCUAGUUUGGUUUUUGUAUGGUUUCAUUUGGAUGACUAUCUUGAGGCCCCUCCAUGUGGUUUAGUGAGGUUUUCUGCAACAGUUCUACAAAGCAACCUGCAGCAGAAGAGACUUUGAGAGUUUUUAGGAAGUUCUGGAGACCAGACUUUAGAGCAGCAGAAACAUUUGUCAGCAGUUUGAGCAGGAGAAGGUGAGCUUCAGAGUAGAAAUGAGACAGAAACCUUCUUGACCUGUGUGGUGAGGUCCUGUACCAAGAGUUUGAGCAGGUUGUGAAGAGUCUGUAGUUCUUUGGUCUGAAAGCACAAGAAGAGUCGACUCAUUAAAGGAGAAAACAGGAGAUAUUGUUGCUUUCUGGAAAUUCUGGAAAAUAUUUUAUCUGUAAUUUUGAAUAUUUGUAUUUUUAAAAUUUUGUUUCAUUUCAUAAUGACAUGUAUUGUAUAUUGCUGAAUUAUCUCAUUCAAUAUUUUGUCUGUUUAAUAGAGUUAAACAUUAAUUACAAUUAAAUUCUAUUAAACAGACAAAAGUUUGUGUUCUUUAGUCUUUAAAAGCAGAUAAUUACAGAUGUCAGAAAUAUAUUUGUCACAUAUUAAAUCCCCUGUAGAUUGUGGAAAAAGUAACAAAAUCAUUAUGUGUAAAUGUUUUGUGUGUAUGAAAACAGAAGAGGUGCACUAAAGCAGAUCUAAAUAACCUGAAAUUCCAAUGUCAAUGUUGACAAUGUGGACACACAGAUGCAUUUAUUGCCAAAUUUCCAUGUCGUGUAAGAAAAACCCAAGCAAACAUCACACGUACCGUAUAUUAAGCUACAACUUAAUUGCGUUGGGCCGUAACGUGGUUGGUCAGGAGGUUGUGGUCAACCUUCUUUUCACUUCCCCAUCAUAAAAAGCAGAAGAGGUUCAGUGAUAAAAGCACUUUCGGAACAGAUGUUUCUAAAGGUUUAACCAGACCCAUGACCUUUGAUGUUUUAGUUGUUUAAAAGUUACAGAGGGCAUUUUUGGGAAAUAUUUCUAAUUUUGUUGUUCGAUUUCCCCCCAGUAUGUGAACCAAAAGUAGCAAAAUGUUCUGCAGUAACCGUGUGAAAAUAUUGAAAAAGAAAUUUCUAGUAUUACAUUUUGUGAUUCAACAUGUGCGCUAGUCUGCCUGUUAAAUAACAGUUUAUGGCUGGUGUUAGGUCAUUUAACUGCGUGUUGAGAUCUCAUUUUGAUUUAUUUUUUAGCUCUCAGUUGGCCGCAAUCAACUUUUUUUUCUCCAUUGUCCAUUAAUCUGUCAAUUUUCUUGAUUAAUAGAUGAAAUGUUUUGUCUUUAAAUUCCGUAGAAAAUUAAAAAAUAUGCCCAUUCUAAUUUCCAGAGCCCAAGGUGAUUUAUUUAAAUUAGUUAUUUUAUCUGGUCAACAGAUAACCCAAAAAUUAUUCUUUAUAUAUUUGUGUCAGCAUUCAUCCAGUUGUUAUAUUUCUAACACAGGAGUCAACUAAGUCUAGGGCUUGUUUGCACUCACUAGUUGUCUUGACUCUAGUGGUGCUGUAAUGGCAACAGGUGCUGAGCGUCUCGUCGUGCGUAUGUUGCCUGUGUUUAUUAUGUAUGUUGGAAUGUUGUGUACGUGAAUUGUAUGUACAAUACACACACAGAUGCUCUGGCACAAAAAUAAAGUUCUUUGAAUUGAAUUGAAUAGUGUGCAGCUAGUUUAAUCAGAUCAUUUUAAUUAAAAAUAAUAAUUCUUGGGUCCAGUCUCUCCAUAAUGAUCAUCAUGUCUCACAAGGUUUCACUGAAAUCUUCCCACUGUAUGACUCAGAUUAAUCAAAGUGUAGAAAUAAAAUCACUUUGCAUUAAUCAUAACUGUCAGUAUGCAGGAUAUUUAGAGUUUAUUGUGACUAUAGACCAGUGAUAUUCUUGGUUCUGAUCAUGUCUUGUUGACCUGCUUGGUCAAAUAACAGUUUAUGGUCAGUGAAAGGGCAUUUAGUUGUAUGUUGAGAUCUCAUUUUAAUUAGCUUAAAUUUGCCUACAGUAGUUCUUUUUCAUCAUUGUUUAAUUGUCUGUAUACUAUUUCUUGAUUAGCGGAUGAGUGUUUUGUCUCUAAAUUGUCCGAAUAUUGUGAAAAAUACCAACUCUGAUAUCCCAAAGCCCAAGGUGACAUUGAAAUUGAAUAAUUAAAUUUAUAAAGCAGGAGCCAUCAAAGUUUGGCUUUUUUUUUAAAACUUGAAACAUUGCUGAAACUAUUUAUGGGCUUCUUUAUAGUAUAUUUAAUUAAAUCAUUUUAAUGAAUAACAAAACACUUCUGUAAGCAAUUACAACAAUCAGUUUCAAUAAUCGUGACCUUGUUUUCUGUCUCACUGCGAUAAUGUUUGCAUCAUGUCUCACAUGACUAUUCUGUACCACAGAAUGGGCUGACAAAGCGAGACGAUACAUGACUGAUGUGGUUGUACAGGAACAACACAAAGUUUGUCUCUGAUUAAUGUAGUUAAAAGUGUAGAAAUGAAAUCUCUGUGUAUUUUUCACAGCUGUCAGUACUUCGGGUUCGCUGUAACUUUAGACUGGUGACUUCUUGGUCCUGAUGGUGUCAGUUUUUAACACUUCUAGGUGACAUUCUUGUUCAAAUAGCAGCUCACUGUUAUUUAGUUGUAUUUUCAGACCAACCUUAAUUUGUUAAAAUAGGUUUUCAGUACAAUCCAACAUUUUCUCCCAUUGUCAAUUAAUGGAUUAAAUUUUUUUUUUGUAAAUUGUAAGAAAAUUGUGAAAAAUACCUACGCUAAUUACCCAGGAGCCUUGGCUUUUUUAACUUAAAAUAUUGCUGCAACUAUUCAUAGAUUUAUUUGUGUGUGUAUGUGUGUGUGUGUGUGUGUGUGUGUGUGUGUGUGUGUGUGUGUGUGUGUGUGUGUGUGUGUGUGUGUGU